CCAAUUUUCCCAAUUUUUCCCUGGCUCCUGUCCCUCCAGCCCUCAAAUCCCUCUCCAGCUCUCCAGGAGCCUUUAGGAAUUCUGACAUUUCCUUGGAUUUUCCUCUUCUCCAGGAGAACAUUCCCAGCUCCAACCCUGGAGCAUCUCCAGGAUCUCUGGAUUUGCUCCACGUCCUCCUGAUGUUGCUCCAAAUCCGGAGGCAGCUCCCCAGGAGGGCAGAAUUCCCACUUUUCCCGUGGAUCUCUCCGGGAUAUUUGGAGCUUCUCCACCACGACACCUCAAGUCCUUCUCCCAGAGCUGCUUUUCCCAUCUCGGAUCCGGGCUGGGAUUGUUCUGCUCCGGGAAUUCCCGGUUGGGAUGAUCCAACCUCUCCAGGAAAAUCCCUCCCGGCGCGAUCCCGGCGUCCUCGUCGCCGACGGAGACGUCGGAACGGCGCCGAUCCCGACCCCGGCGUGGCCGCCGCCGCCACCCGGACACGGAGCGGUGACAAUUCCAGUGCCACCACCUCAAAUCCAAUCAAAUCAAAUGUCUCAAGUCCUCGGGAAUGGCCGGGAAUGGCCGGGAAUCACCGGGAAUGACUGGGAAUCGCCAGGAAUCGCCGGGAAUCGCUGGGAAUCUCCAGGAAUCAUCUGGAAUCGCCGGGAAUCACCAGGAAUCGCUGGGAAUCGCCGGGAAUGGCCGGGAAUCACCAGGAAUGGCCGGGAAUCGCUGGGAAUCGCCAGAAAUCGCCGGGAAUCGCCGGGAAUCGUCUGGAAUCACUGGGAAUCUCCAGGAAUCGUCUGGAAUCGCCGGGAAUCACCAGGAAUCGCUGGGAAUCGCCAGGAAUCGCCGGGAAUCACCAGGAAUCGCUGGGAAUCACCGGGAAUCACCAGGAAUGGCUGAAUCCAGUGGCUCUUCCAGCCCCGAGUUUCCAUCCAGGAAUAAUUGGGAAGACAAACCUUGAACGUCCGGCUCGUCUCCGACCACCCCAUAAACCCAGCGGAUUCCAAAGGAUUUCAAACUCCGGAGCUGGGAUUG